AUGGAAAAGUCCACUCUGGCCGUGGCCCACGCGGAAGAUCUUCCCAUCGAGCCCAACGAAAAGCUCGCCAUCAAUGAGAUUGCAGACAAGGCCAAGCAGGGCGCCGAGGCCGAGCACAACCUGCCUCCGCUCAAGGCGCUGCGCCUCUACCCCAAGGCCAUCUUCUGGUGCCUGAUUGUGUCUGCCUGCGUCAUCAUGGAAGGCUACGACACGAACCUUCUCAGCAACUUCUACGCCUACCCCGAAUUCGCAAAGAAAUACGGCCACUACAACGAGGCGACGAACAACUAUCAGCUGUCGGCCCCCUGGCAGGCCGGGCUGGGCAAUGCGUCGAAUGUCGGGUCUUUCUUUGGCACCCUCCUUAAUGGAUAUCUUGUGCUCCGAUUUGGGCACGUCCGCGUUAUUCUGGGCUCCCUCGUCACCAUGAGCGCCUUUGUGUUCAUCGUCUUCUUUGCACCGAAUACCAAGGUCCUGCUUGUGGGCGAGCUGCUGUGCGGCCUGCCUUGGGGCAUCUUCGCCACGACGGCGCCGGCAUAUGCCUCGGAGGUCCUGCCGAUGACUCUCCGCGUGUAUUUGACGAGCUGGACCAACAUGUGCUUCAUCAUCGGUCAGCUCAUCUCGGCCGGCAUCUUUGCCGGCCUUGUGAACAACACGACGGAAUGGUCCUAUCGGAUUCCGUUUGCUGUCCAAUGGGCCUGGCCCGUCAUCCUGUUCCCCAUUAUCUGGUUUGCGCCAGACACGCCCUGGCACCUCGUCCGUCAGGGGCGCUACGAGGAAGCCAAGGAAUCGUUAAGGAAGCUCCGCUCCAAUCCGUCAGAGGAAGAACUCCAGGAGAGCCUUAACCUAAUCAUCUACACCAACAACCUGGAAGAGCAACUCUCCGUCGGCACCUCGUACUGGGACUGCUUUAAGGGCUUUGAGCUUCGCCGCACCGAGAUUGCCUGCAUGGUCUUUGCCGGGCAGGUCCUCUCCGGCAUCAACUUUGCCUACAACUCAACCUACUUCUUCCAGCAGGUCGGGCUGACGACGACCCAGACGUACCAUCUCGGUGUCGGCGGCAACGGAAUGGCGCUGUUCGGCACCAUUGUGUCAUGGAUCUUCGUCAUGCCGUACUUUGGCCGCCGCACGACGUACGUCACCGGCAUGGGCGUCAUGUCGGCCAUCCUCAUCAUCAUCGGUGGGCUCAACGCGCGGACGAGCGAGCACGGCGUGGGCAUGGCGCAGGCCGUCCUGACGCUGGUCUGGACCUUUGUCUUCCAGCUGUCGGCGGGCCAGCUGGGCUGGGCGCUGCCGGCGGAGCUCGGCUCGACGCGGCUGCGGCAGAAGACGGUGUGCCUGGCGCGCAACGCGUAUGCGGUGACGGGCAUCGUGGCGGGCGUCCUGCAGCCGUACUUUAUGAAUCCGACGCAGUGGAAUCUGAAAGGGUACACGGGCUUUGUGUGGGGAGGGACGGCGUUUGUGACGUUUGUGUGGGCGUAUUUCCGGCUGCCCGAGUCCAAGGACCGGACGUAUGAGGAGCUGGACGUUUUGUUUGCGAGGGGGGUGCCGGCGAGGAAGUUUGCAAAGUAUAAGAUUGAUGCUUUUCAGAGUGAUGCUCUGCCUUAG